UUCUGAUUCUGACUUUGUGUGGAUUAUAAAGUCUCCUUCCUGAAAUUUCUUUCAAUUUUGUUUUUAAGUUUCCACUGCAGUGAUCAUCAUCAUCAUCAUCAUCAUCAUCAUCAUCAUCAUCAUCAUCACCCUCUAAUCACUCUCACCAUCAGCAGUCAUGUCCUCUCCUUCUUUCCUGAUGGUUUUGCUGGUUCUCACCUGCUUUCAGUCUUUCAUGUUGGCUCAGAAUGCGAUUGGAGCGGGUUUGUGCUGUUUUGAGUUCCAUAAAAGACCAAUUUCUGCAGCGAACGUCGUCUCUGUGGAAGAAACAACAUCUGACUGCACAAUUCCUGGAGUCGUUUUUACAACCAAAAAGGGAUUCCAGAUAUGUGCAGAUCCUGAGGUGGAUUGGGUGAAGGAGAUCAUCAAAAUCAAAAAACUGAAUGUGGAAAUAACAGACAGAAAUGUACCAGACUCAUGCUGUAUCAGAUACCAGAGCGAUCCAAUCCCUAUCAGAGUCAUUACAGGGUAUAAAGUAUCAGACCAUCUGUGUACAAAACCUGCAGUCAUCUUUUUCUUGAGGAACAGCAGUGAGGUGUGUGGAGAUCCUGAACUCGACUGGGUGCAGAGAUGCAUGAGGAGAAUUGACCAGAUGGAGUAUAAUAUAAUGAUGCAAACUUCAAACUCGUCCUCUCAGUCCUGAAGACCUUCACGAAUUUCACACGUGUGUGCAGGUGGAGAGAAUGAAGCUUUAAAAGCUAUGAAAUGAUAAUAAAAAUCUAAACAUAAACGUGACCUAAACUUAUUCUAUAGAGACGAUAUAAAUUCAUUAAUUUUAUAUACAUAAAUUAUUUCAGCAUUUUCAGGGUUUUUAUUUUAAAAGAAGUCCAUGUUGAGGUUGAUUUUAAUUGUUCAUCUUUCUCUCUCUC